AUGAAUCUCUCACUCAUUGAUCCCUUUGUUCUGGCCCAGGACUAUCCAGACACAUUAUCGGAAAAACUACGAAGUGGACAUGCGACAUGUCUCCGAUUCAAUCGCAAAGGGGAUUAUCUAGCCUCCGGACGAGCGGACGGUACGGUGGUCAUUUUUGAUAUCGAGACACAUGGAGUCGCGCGCAAGCUGAAGGGGCACAUCCGACAAAUCCAAUCUUUAAGCUGGUCUAGAGAUGGUCGCUAUCUUCUCAGUUCCUCCCAGGAUUGGAAAUGUAUACUGUGGGACCUGAAGGACGGCUCCCGGGUACGCACAGUGCGCUUUGAAGCUCCCGUAUAUAUCGCAGAACUCCAUCCUUUCAACCACUUAUUAUUUGUGGCCUCCCUCUUCGAAGACCAGCCCGUCCUCGUCGACAUCUCGUCCCCCAAACCCAUCAAACGCAUCAUCCCCUCCGCCCCAUACCGCGCCCCGCCCUCCAAAGACGAAGAAGUGAAUCGCGCUGCAGCCGCAAAACAAGCCGCACAGGACGCAAAGCAUUCAACCUGCGUUACCGUCUUCACUGCGCUGGGUAACCACAUUAUAGCUGGCACCUCAAAGGGUUGGAUCAACAUCAUCGAAACUCAAACCUGCACCACAAUCCACUCCACGAAACUCUGCUCGGGUGUCAUAAUCCUCCUCCGCCUCGCCAGCAACGGCCGCGAUCUCCUCGUCAACAGCUCCGACCGCGUCAUCCGCACAAUCCUCAUGCCAGACCUCUCCAAACUCGGCAUAGACCUCGAACCGAGCAACAUCAAGCUCCAAGUCGAGCACAAAUUCCAAGACGUAGUCAACCGCCUAAGCUGGAACCACGUCGGCUUCUCCUCAACCGGCGAAUUCGUCACCGCAUCCACCUUCAUGAACCCAGACAUUUACGUCUGGGAACGCAGCCACGGCUCCCUCGUGAAAAUCCUCGAGGGACCCCGCGAGGAACUCGGCGUCGUAGAAUGGCACCCAGCCCGCCCCUUCGUCGUCGCCUGCGGCCUUGAAUCAGGCUGCAUCUACACAUGGACCAUCGUCACCCCGCAGAAAUGGUCCGCGCUCGCGCCCGACUUCGGCGAAGUCGAAGAAAACGUCGAGUACAUGGAGCGCGAAGACGAAUUUGACAUCCACCCAGCUGGAGAGAUUCACCAGCGCCGUCUAGACCAGGAAGACGAGGAGCCGGACGUUCUCACCAUCGAGAAGCAAAAGAAUGAUCCCGAUGACGAGGAAAUUGAAUCCUUCCGCAUGCCCGUUCUCCUGGACCUCUCGGAUAGCGAGAGCGAGGAGGAUAUUGUCGCUGUUGGGCCCGGGACCAUGCGGCGUCGUAGUCCUGGUGCUGGGCGGGAUCGGUUGGCGAAUGGGGACGGGGAGAAAGAUGGGCGGAACGGGACCGCGCGAGGAGCGAAGAGUCGACGGCGAUGA